AUGUCGGGCCAUCCAGGAGGAGGCCACUACGAUGAUGGCUACGGCCAUCAGGGCCAUGGCGACUCGUACUAUCAGGACGAGCAUGGCCAGGCUUAUUACGACCAUAAUGACUACGGUGAUGGCUACUAUGAUAGAGGUGGCUACUACGGCGCGGAUAACGGUGCGUACCAUCAGGAAGGCGGAUACUACGAUGCUGGUCACCACGACGACUACUACGGCGACCAGUACUACGACAAUGCCGGCCAAGGAGGUAGAGGACGAAGGGGUGAUUCGGAGGAAGACUCGGAAACCUUCAGCGAUUUCACCAUGAGGUCGGAGACCGCGCGUGCGGCAGACAUGGACUACUAUGGCCGUGGUGACGAACGCUACAACAGUUACGCCGACAGCCAGUACGGUCGUGGUUAUGGCGGCUAUCGCCCCCCCUCGUCCCAAGUCUCCUACGGUGGUAAUCGAUCGUCCGGAGCCUCAACUCCGGUCUACGGAAUGGACUAUGGGAACGCUCUGCCUGCCGGCCAGCGGUCACGAGAGCCCUAUCCCGCCUGGGCCUCGGACGCUCAGAUCCCAGUGUCCAAGGAGGAGAUCGAAGACAUCUUCAUUGACUUGGUGAACAAAUUCGGUUUCCAGAGGGACAGCAUGCGCAACAUGUACGACCAUCUCAUGACCCAGCUGGAUUCGCGUGCUUCCCGUAUGACGCCAAACCAAGCCCUCCUCUCGCUCCACGCGGACUACAUCGGUGGCGAUAACGCCAACUAUCGUCGUUGGUACUUUGCGGCUCAUCUUGAUUUGGACGAUGCCGUGGGUUUUGCGAACAUGAAGCUGGGAAAGGCGGACCGGAAGACCCGGAAAGCCCGCAAAGCAGCCCAGAAGGCUGCGGAACAGAACCCCGAAAACGUUGAUGAGACCUUGGAAGCACUGUCGGGUGAUAACAGUCUCGAGGCUGCUGAGUACAGAUGGAAGACGAGAAUGAACCGGAUGUCGCAGCAUGACAGAGUCCGCCAGCUUGCAUUGUUCUUGUGCUGCUGGGGCGAGGCCAACCAAGUCCGCUACCUCCCCGAGUGUCUCUGCUUCAUCUUCAAGUGCGCCGAUGACUACUACACCUCGCCCGAGUGCCAGAACCGAGUUGAACCCGUCGAAGAGGGGACUUACCUGAACGACAUUAUCACACCCCUCUACCAGUACUGCCGUGACCAGGGAUACGAAAUUGUUGAUGGCAAGUAUGUCAAGCGUGAACGUGACCACAACCAGAUCAUCGGAUACGAUGACAUGAACCAGCUCUUCUGGUACCCCGAGGGUAUUGAGCGUAUUGGCUUUGAGGACAAGACGCGACUGGUCGAUGUCCCGCCCGCUGAGAGAUGGCUCAAACUGAAAGAAGUCAACUGGAAGAAGGCCUUCUUCAAGACCUACAAGGAAACCCGUUCCUGGUUCCAUAUGGUCACCAACUUCAACCGUAUCUGGGUCAUUCACUUGGGUUCCUUCUGGUUUUUCACUGCCUACAACGCCCCCACUCUCUACACUCACAACUACCAGCAGCAGUUGAACAACAAACCUCCCGGUGCCUACUACUGGUCUUCUGUUGGUUUUGGUGGUGCGCUAGUUGCGUUCAUUCAGAUUUUCGCUACCAUCAUGGAGUGGAUGUACGUUCCUCGACUAUGGGCGGGUGCUCAGCAUCUAACCAAGCGUUUGAUGUUCUUGCUCCUGGUUUUCAUCAUCAACUUGGCUCCCGGUGUGUUUGUCUUCGGAUUUUCCAAGGAUGUGGAAAACAAGACCAUUCCUCUCGUGAUUGGAAUUGUCCACUUCUUUAUCGCCCUCGUCACGUUCUUCUUCUUCUCCGUCAUGCCGCUUGGUGGCUUGUUUGGUAGCUACUUGAAGAAACACGGUCGCCAAUACGUUGCCAGUCAGACUUUCACUGCAAGCUUUCCGCGCUUGACUGGAAAUGAUAUGUGGAUGUCUUAUGGUCUCUGGGUCUGCGUUUUUGGAGCUAAGCUUGCGGAAUCGUACUUCUUCUUGACGCUGUCUUUCAAGGACCCUAUUCGCAUUCUGUCCCCGAUGAAACUCCGACAGUGCGCGGGUGUCAAGUACAUCCCCAAAGACUUGUGCCAUGCCCAGCCUCAGAUCCUGCUUGGUCUCAUGUUCUUCAUGGACCUGACCCUGUUCUUCCUGGAUAGUUACCUGUGGUACAUUAUCUGCAACACUGUUUUCUCCGUGGCCAGAUCGUUCUACCUCGGUGUGUCCAUCUGGUCUCCUUGGAGAAACAUCUUCUCGCGUCUUCCGAAGCGUAUCUACUCCAAGGUCCUCGCGACUACGGAUAUGGAAAUCAAGUACAAGCCCAAGGUGCUGAUCUCUCAGGUGUGGAAUGCCAUUAUCAUCUCCAUGUACCGAGAGCAUCUGCUCGCCAUCGACCAUGUCCAGAAGUUGCUGUACCACCAGGUGCCAUCUGAGCAAGAGGGCAAGCGUACCCUACGUGCGCCCACCUUCUUCGUUUCCCAGGAGGAUCAAUCCUUCAAGACCGAAUUUUUCCCCCGUGGCAGUGAAGCUGAGCGACGUAUCUCCUUCUUUGCGCAGUCUCUCUCGACCCCCAUGCCUGAGCCUCUUCCGGUCGACAACAUGCCGGCAUUCACCGUGCUGAUCCCGCACUACAGCGAGAAGAUUCUCUUGUCGCUCCGUGAGAUUAUCCGUGAGGACGAGCCUUACUCCCGUGUCACGCUUCUGGAAUACCUCAAACAGCUCCACCCUCACGAGUGGGACUGCUUCGUCAAGGACACCAAGAUUCUUGCUGACGAGACUUCCCAAUUUAACGGAGAAAACGAAAAGAGCGAGAAGGAUGUUGCCAAGAGCAAGAUUGAUGACUUGCCCUUCUAUUGCAUUGGUUUCAAAUCGGCUGCCCCUGAGUAUACCCUGCGUACCCGAAUCUGGUCUUCCCUGCGCUCGCAGACUCUGUACAGAACCGUUUCUGGCUUUAUGAACUACAGCCGCGCCAUCAAGCUUCUGUACCGUGUCGAAAACCCUGAAGUUGUUCAGAUGUUCGGUGGCAACUCCGAAAAGCUUGAACGGGAAUUGGAAAGAAUGGCUCGCCGCAAAUUCAAGAUCUGUGUUUCCAUGCAGCGGUACGCCAAGUUCAACAAAGAGGAGCGUGAAAACACUGAGUUCCUCCUCCGCGCUUAUCCUGAUCUCCAGAUUGCCUACCUCGACGAAGAACCUCCUGUCAACGAGGGCGAGGAGCCUCGCUUGUACUCGGCCCUGAUUGAUGGUCACUGUGAGCUUCUUGACAACGGAAUGCGCAAACCCAAAUUCAGGAUUCAGCUCUCUGGAAACCCCAUUUUGGGAGACGGAAAAUCGGACAACCAGAACCACUCGAUCAUUUUCUACCGUGGUGAAUACAUUCAGGUCAUUGAUGCUAAUCAGGACAACUACCUCGAAGAAUGCUUGAAGAUCCGUAGCGUUCUUGCUGAGUUUGAGGAAUUGACCACGGACAACGUCUCGCCUUACACCCCCGGAAUUCCCUCUGUCAACACGAACCCGGUUGCCAUUCUCGGUGCCCGUGAAUACAUUUUCUCCGAGAGCGUUGGUGUUCUUGGUGAUGUCGCUGCCAGUAAGGAACAAACAUUCGGUACUCUGUUCGCUCGUACGCUUGCCCAGAUUGGUGGAAAGUUGCACUAUGGUCACCCUGAUUUCCUGAACGGUAUUUUCAUGUGUACUCGAGGUGGUAUUUCCAAGGCCCAGAAAGGUCUUCACCUUAACGAAGAUAUCUACGCUGGUAUGAUGGCUCUGACCCGUGGCGGACGCAUCAAGCACUGCGAAUACUUCCAGUGUGGUAAGGGUCGUGAUCUUGGUUUUGGCUCUAUUCUGAACUUCACCACGAAGAUUGGUACUGGUAUGGGUGAGCAGAUGCUGUCAAGAGAAUACUAUUACCUCGGCACUCAACUUCCCCUUGAUCGGUUCUUGUCUUUCUACUAUGCUCACCCUGGUUUCCAUCUUAACAACAUGUUCAUUAUGUUGUCCGUGCAGAUGUUCAUGAUUGUCCUGGUCAACCUUGGUGCCCUGAAACAUGAGACCAUCACUUGCAACUACAACCCCGAUGUCCCAAUCACUGAUCCUCUGCGCCCAACCUUCUGUGCGAACCUUACUCCCAUCAUGGAUUGGGUCAACCGUUGCGUCAUUUCCAUCUUCAUCGUGUUCUUCAUCUCCUUCGUUCCCUUGGCCGUCCAGGAAUUGACGGAGAGAGGAGUGUGGCGUAUGGCCAUGCGUUUGGCUAAGCAUUUUGGCUCUUUCUCCUUCAUGUUCGAGGUGUUUGUCUGCCAGAUCUAUGCCAACGCUGUGCACCAGAACUUGUCUUUCGGAGGUGCCCGCUACAUCGGUACCGGACGUGGUUUCGCCACUGCUCGUAUUCCGUUUGGUGUGCUGUAUUCGCGUUUUGCUGGUCCCUCGAUCUAUGCCGGCGCUCGGUCUCUGCUCAUGCUGCUUUUCUCAACCUCUACCGUGUGGUCGGCAGCUCUGAUUUGGUUCUGGGUGUCGCUACUUGCCUUGAUUAUCUCGCCAUUCCUGUUCAACCCUCACCAGUUUGCUUGGAACGACUUCUUCAUUGACUACCGCGACUAUCUGCGCUGGCUCUCCCGUGGUAAUUCGCGCUCCCAUGCGUCUUCAUGGAUUGCCUUCUGCCGUCUGUCUCGUACUCGCAUCACGGGUUACAAACGCAAGCUUCUUGGUGUUCCCUCAGAGAAGGGUUCCGGUGAUGUUCCCAGAGCUCGCAUCACCAACAUCUUCUUCAGCGAGAUCGUGGCGCCUCUGGUUUAUGUUGCGGUCACUCUUGUUCCUUUCCUUUACAUCAACUCUAGAACCGGUGUCACCGACGACCCAAAGCUAGCAUACAACGCUCUUAUCCGUAUCGGAAUCGUUGCACUGGGACCUAUCGGUGUCAAUGCUGGUGUUGCUGGUGCGUUCUUCGGCAUGGCCUGCUGUAUGGGUCCGAUUUUCAGCAUGUGCUGUAAGAAAUUUGGUGCUGUUCUUGCUGCAAUUGCGCACGCCAUUGCCGUUAUUGUGCUGCUCAUCAUCUUCGAAGUCAUGUUCUUCCUGGAGCAUUGGUCGUGGCCCCGCUGUGUCAUGGGCAUGAUUGCCAUGGCCGCCAUUCAGCGUUUCAUCUACAAGCUUAUCAUUGCCUUGACGUUGACCCGAGAGUUCAAGAACGAUCAGUCCAACAUCGCUUGGUGGACCGGUAAAUGGUACAACAUGGGUUGGCAUUCGAUGACCCAGCCUGGCCGUGAAUUCCUCUGUAAGAUCACGGAACUGGGUUAUUUCGCCGGAGACUUCGUCUUGGGCCAUCUGAUCUUGUUCAUCAUGCUGCCCGCUAUCUGCAUCCCCUAUGUUGACAAGUUCCACUCCAUCAUUCUCUUCUGGCUGCGCCCUAGUCGUCAAAUUCGCCCGCCCAUUUACUCCUUGAAGCAGUCCAAGCUCCGAAAGAGAAGAGUGGUUCGUUUCGCCAUCAUGUACUUCGCCAUGUUCGUCCUGUUCCUUGUGCUUCUUAUUGCGCCGCUUGUCGUUCGCAACAUGGACAUCAUUACAGACAAGAUGAUGAAGGAUUUCCCGGAACAAUUACUACAACCUUUGGACGCCGGUAAAGCCAAGAACGACACUACUAGCCUCUACACUGGUAGCGGCUUGCCAAACGGAAAAAUCCUACUGUACUCCGUAGGAAGCCAGUGUAAGCCUAAGGCCUCCAGCCAUGAAGACGGCUGCCUGACGGGGAUGCCUGGGUCACGUGCGGGCCGUGAUCACGGGCGGGAAAUGCGAGGCUCAGCGGCCGCGACGGUCGAGACUCCCUUCACUUUUUGUCUGCAUCCGGGAAACACAUUUCGUGGCUUUGACAACCACAAGACAAUAGGUACUCAAUACUCGGAUACGUUGCCCGAGCGUUCUGAGCCUGCGCUUUCCUCCUGCGCUUCGAGCGCGCUCAUCCCCGCCCCUACCGUCAUGGAUAUCCAGGAGACCCAGCGGCUCCUUUCGGAGUACCUCCAUGAACUCGCAAACUUGUUUCACCGGGUCCCCGGCUCGGCAAUCUUCCUGCGAUAUGUAAAGUCUAGCUACCAAGAUGACCCUAUCCGAUCUGCUGUCGAAUUGUUCCUCUUCUUGUUCGCGGUCCGAUAUCUGCUUGCCCCAAAGUACUCAACCAAGCCCGGCGUGGUUCAGCUGUCGGAGGACGAAAUCGAUGAUCUCGUGGAUGAAUGGACCCCUGAGCCGCUCGUCGCGAAGCCGACUGCCCUGGAGCAGAUGGAGGUGGAUAAGAGAACUGUGAUUGUUGGUCCCGUUGGCCCCAAAUCGAAAUUGAGCAAUGGCCGAACCGUUGCCAACCUUGCCUCUUACAAUUUCUACAAUUUCAAUACGAAUGAGUCUUUGAAAGAAAAAGCCAUCCAGACUCUCCGCAACUACGGUGUUGGUCCCUGCGGUCCUCGCGGUUUCUACGGCACUCAAGAUGUCCACAUGAAGACGGAGGCAGACGUCGCGUCGUUCCUUGGCACUGCGUCUUGUAUCAUCUACGCGCAGGCCUUCUCGACCAUUUCGAGUGUCAUCCCGGCGUUUUCGAAGCGUGGAGAUAUCAUUGUUGCCGAUAAGGGGGUCAGCUUCGCCAUCCGGAAGGGUAUCCAGAUCUCGCGUAGCAUGGUCCGCUGGUACGAACAUAACGACAUGGAAGAUUUGGAAAGAGUGUUGGCCAAAGUCACCAAGGAACAAGCCCGGAAACCGCUUACGAGACGAUUCAUCAUCACGGAAGGCGUUUUUGAAUCGUACGGCGAUAUGACUGAUUUGCCCAAGAUCAUUGAAUUGAAACUCAAAUACAAGUUCCGACUCAUCCUGGACGAGUCGUGGUCAUUCGGUGUCCUCGGAAGAACCGGCCGUGGUAUCACCGAGCACCAGAAUGUCGAUGCGGCUGAAGUUGAUAUGAUCGUGGGCUCGCUGGCCGGCCCAUUGGUCGCAGGAGGUGGCUUUUGUGCUGGCUCCGAAGAGAUCGUCCACCAUCAGCGAAUCUCGGCCGCCGCAUACACCUUCUCUGCUGCACUGCCCGCCCUGUUGUCCACAACAGCCAGUGCCACGAUCAAUCUCCUUCAGACCAACCCCGAAACAGUCUCGCAAUUGCGAGAGCAUACCAAGGCCAUGUGGGCUCAGCUGGACCCCCGCAGUGAGUGGGUGUAUUGCGUUAGUGCGCCAGAGAACCCGAUUAUGAUCUUGGUCAUCAAGCCCGAGGUAGUCUCGGCCAAGCGACUGUCGGUUGAGGAUCAGCAGUUCUUGCUGCAGGAUGUGGUUGAUGAGUGCCUCGCAAAUGGUGUCCUGAUUACUCGCCUGAAGACUCUUCAGGACAAUUUCGAACCGAAGCAAGUCGUUUCGCCGGGAUUGAAAGUAUGCGUCACGAUCGGCUUGACGAGGAAAGAAAUCGAAAAAGCCGGAACCACAAUCCGCCAUGCGAUCACGAAGGUUCUGAGCAAAAGAAAGUAA